AGGACGGAAGAGGGGCUGGGAGCUGUGGCUAGCGGCGGUCCGUCCCGGGCGCGGCUGUGCAGGGUGGCUGCGGGCGGCUCAGGCCGCAGGAGCCCCGGGAUGGCCGCCAGCCCGCCCUCGGGGGCGCUGGGCCGAAGAGUCCUGUGUGGCACGGAGUAUGCGACUGUGCGCUAUGUUGGCUGUGUUCCUCCUACGGCAGGAAUUUGGCUUGGUGUGGAAUGGGAUAAUCCUCAGAGAGGAAAGCAUGAUGGCACCUAUGAAGGAACACAGUAUUUCAAAUGCAAGCAUCCUACAGGAGGAUCUUUUAUCCGGCCAAACAAGGCAAAUUUCGGAGUAGAUUUUCUGACUGCAGUAAAGGAUCGGUACGGAUUGAAUGAUGAGCAAGAAGUUCAACAUGGGACAGAGAAUACAUUAGUAUUCGGAAAGAAGACUGUGGAAUUUGUUGGCAUGGAUUCUGUUGCAGAGCAGCAAAGCCGACUGAACCAACUGGUAGAUAUCUCAGUGCGUGAGUGUGCAGUGAGCCAUGCUGGCGAGACAGAGGAAAUCAGCAGAACGUGUGCUAAUAUCAGGCAUAUAAAUCUAUCAAAAAAUCUGGUAUCAUCUUGGGAGACAGUAACAGCUAUUGCUUCUCAAGUUCAAAAUCUGGAAACACUUAAUAUUAGUGAAAACAAAAUUAAAUUUCCAUCUACAUCAACUUCUGUAUCUGGUGUAUUUUCAAAAUUGAGGAUUCUGGCACUUAAUCAAACUGAAGUUACAUGGACAGAGGUUCUUCUUUGUGCUCCAGGAUGGCCAGCACUUGAAGAGUUGUACCUUACUUCUAAUAAUAUCGCAGUUUUGGAAAGGCCUGAUAACGUCCUGCAGACCCUGAAGUUGUUAGACCUUUCAGACAACCAGUUACUGGAUGGAAAUCAGCUGCAUCUAAUAGCACAUCUCCCCAGAUUAGAACAGCUAAUACUUAGAAACACUGGAAUAUCUUCUAUACAUUUUCCUGAUGCUGGAUUUGGAUGCAAGACUAAAAUGUUUCCUGCACUAAAACGCCUUGCAAUAAAUGACAAUAAAAUAUCACAGUGGUCAUCUAUCAAUGAGCUGGAUAAACUGCCAAGUUUGUGGUCACUGCAGUGUCACAAUAACCCUUUCAUGGACACAGAGAAGAACCCAGAGACCCUGAGACAGCUAAUUAUUGCCAAGAUCAGUCAACUGGAGGUCUUGAACAAGUCUGAGAUCCUUCCUGCUGAAAGAAAAGGAGCAGAGCUUGAUUAUCGCAAAAUAUUUGGAAAUGACUGGUUAGCAGCUGGUGGAAAUUGGAACCCAGAGAAAAACAAACCAAGUGAAGAAUUUCUUGCUGCUCAUCCCAGAUACCCAUCACUUUGUCUUAAAUACGGUGCACCUGAAGAAGGAGAACUGAAGGGACAACAGCCUUUGACUCUGAAAAAUCAGCUUCUGACUCUGACGAUUAAAUGUCCUGAGAAACCUGAACAGAAGCCAGUAGAGAAAAAGCUACCAGAGUCUAUGACUGUUCAGAGGGUCAAAGGACUGCUGUAUCGCCUACUUAAAAUCCCUGGUUCGGAACUGAAACUGUCCUACGAAAGUUCUAAGCUGGAAGGAAAAGAAGUUGAACUAGACAACGACUUAAAGCCUUUGCAGUUUUACUCAAUAGAAAACGGAGACUGUGUGCUAGUACGGUGGUAAGGAGGGACUCUUGAUGACCCCGAAGGAAAAGCCAACACUGGAUCUGCAGAAGAGGUACAGACCGCCUGCAGCCAGUACGGACAGCCGGUGCCUGAACACACGUAUGGGAGAACGGGAAUUUCAUACGUGGCACCAGAGGGCUACACAGUAACACUUUCAGUUCCUACGCUGAAUCGUCAGUCUCCAUGAAAGAGAUUGCUUUGGGCUCAAUUCUUACUUGAGAGAUGUCAAAUAGUGCUUAAAUGCUUCAAUUAAAUAAAACUCAAGGUACCCCUUUUGCCAGA